UUCUUUCCAUUUUAUAAUUCUAUUAAAAUUCAUUGGUUCAUUUUAAAAUAUUUGAUGGUACUAAAGUACCACGUGACAUCAUAUAGUCAUGUUGUCGCAAUAACAUGAAUUGCGAUGUCUGUAUUAAGAAUUUCAAAUUUCUUUAUGUCCCGAUCGGUGGUGGGGAAAUUAACUCAAAUAUUUCAUGGUUAAGCCUGUGUUAUUUGUUGGUUUCUGGUGAAAAUAGGCUAGAACACUCCACAGAAAACACUUUUUAUCAGAAAGAUUUUUGACAUUGAUAACACAUUUCUUAGCUUUGAUGAACUAGGGUGUUUGAAUAAAACUGCUUGUGUAUAUUGGAUAAUAUCUAAUCACAUUUACAUCAAGCGAGUCAAUCUUCUUCAACACCCACCCAUUACCAAAUCAAAUGAAGUUAUUGAACGAACUUGAAAUUUUCCUAACUGCUAACAUAAAAUGUUUGUUUAACUGCUCAUAGUUAUCCAAGACGUUUAUGCCUAUGGCGGAGUAACUAUGCAGAUUCACAAUGGAUGAAACAGCUUUGGAUUCCUCUGAUUCUAAAACUACCAUCUUAUACAAUAAUACAUUUAAAACUAAGAACCAUAUCACAUAUCCUUUGAAACGUGCAGUGUGUUCUCUUAUUAUCUCAAAAACAAAAGCUUUUGAGUUUUCAAGUACAUUUUCAAUGUCAGGAGCUACAUUUUCGAAGGAAAUGCGACGGUGAAUUGCUCGGGAACUCAUGCCUCUGACCCUGUGUUCUCUGGUGUGGUCCAUCUCUGCUACUAGCGGGGAGCUGAAAACAAACAAAGAAUAUAUUACUAUGGCACAGAAUUAGAUAUAAAAACAAGUAAACAUUGAUCUAAAAUCAGUUGUGAUUUGACAAGCUGCAAGUACAGUGCAAAAAUGUUAUCUCAAGAUCAGAUUUUCAUGUGAUUGAGGUUAUUGACAUUUGAUAAACGUUGGAAAUUAGAAUUGAGUCUGUUGUCACCUCAAAAUAUGGCUAAACAGGGUUAUAAAUUUGUGCGAGCACCUGACGUUGUUCAAUGUGUGUUUUGUUCAGUAUAUUUAGAAAAUUGGUUGUCACAGACGAUCCUAGUAAGGAACAUGAACGAUGCAGUCCGAAUUGUGGAUGGCGCAAACAAGAUAAUAUUUCAUGCAAAGAGGAGAAUUUCGAUAAUAAUAUUCUAUGACAAUAUGAAGAACGAGUUUUAACUUUCCAUCGUCCAGAACCAUUGAAGCUCUUGGUAUUUAUUAAUAGAGCAAACUAUUUUGCAAUAAAUGGGUAUUUUUUACACAAGAAAUCAUAUCUGCAAUGUGUAUAUUGCAAAUAUAUUAUUGAAAAUCCGUAUGAAGAAGUGAUACACGUUCCGUUUUGUAUAUAUAAAAAGAUGAGCUAUAAUGGAAAAGAAAAGAUGAAUGUUGAAGAAGUUGUGGGAAAACAAGCUGGAUAUUGUACAAUAUGCACUGUUGUAGAAGUAAUUCCUAAUCAGGAUCCAGAUAUUAUUGAUUUGUUAGGAAUAAGUGCAUUGUAGUAUUUAUUUAUCAGGAAAGAAGUAAGUUCUGAAAAAUCAUGAUUAGAAAAAUAAAGUAAAAAUUGUAUCAUACUUACAUGCGAUGAAUGAUGUGAUGUCCUCUACUGUCUCUCUGGUUAAACUCCAACUGUCAGACUUGUUCUUCACACGUCUUUCCUCUUCGAUGACUGGAGUGAUUAUGCAGUAUUCCACACUCGAACUCUGUGAAAUCAACGAGCAUAAUGAAAAUCACAAUAAUAUUGAGAAGAAAUUUAGCAACUCAACAUAGUUAUGAGAUGUUACUUGAAAAUCAAUGAGGAGAUUUGAUAUUAUAUUGUUCUUACAUUCAAAAUGUACGUUCAAAGUCUGUAAAAUCAAAGAGCUUAAUGAAGAAAUUUAAUAUCUCUACAUAGUUAUGAGAUGCUAAUUGAAAAUCAAUGAGUAGAUUUGAUAUUACAUUGCUCUCACAUUCAAAAUAUUGUUAUUCAAGAUAUUAUAUCUGGAAAUAAGAAAUUUUAUAUUAGUGCAUUGUGAGAAAAACAGUAAUUUUUUUAAAUUUUAAAUUCAAUACUUACAAGCAGAAUCUAAGCAGAGGACGAGGUUCGGCGAGCUGUGAGAGAUUUGAUAUUUUUUAUCUCUGAAUGCACCUUGCUGAAUGUGUCAGAAUGCUUUUGUGUGUCAAGGGUGUGCUUAGCAGGAAAAUGCACUAUCUCUCACUCAACCUAAAACAGAAAGAUAGAAACGAAUGAGUAUAUAAGUAGCAAUCAAUGGAUUCAUCAGUUUCAUUUCUGUAUCACACAUCCACUCACAUCAACAUGCAUCAUUCAGAGGAGAUCAUCGUUCCGGACACACCACCACCCCAAACAAGACCUGUAGAUUGGGCACCAUGUCGCGUGCCCCUCCACAACAUAAGCAAUCGCCAGCAGGUGCUCAAGAGGAAGAUGUUCGAGGAUGUGGUUAGCGGGGAGGAGGAUGAGGAUAGUAUUCUCACACAAUCAAAGAAACAACGUGCAUAUGAGGGUGAGAACUCCUCACUCGCCCCACUGCUCCAACAAGCAGCACAAGAGGAGCACACGCUCAACUUCAUUGGGCUUAUAAAUAAACCCACACCCAAACCAUGGAUCCCCCUGAGAGAAUUGGAGGAUGAUAUUCCACUCCCCAUCAUCUCUGUCCAUGAGACUUCAAUCAUGCACAGAUGUUGAGUUUUAAUGAAAAUCUCGCUGCCCCAUUCAGGAAAAACACAUGAGGUGUAUCUCCCAAAAAGAUACUCUGAUAUCCUCACUACAGAGAAAAUACAUAAAUUCAAUGGAAAUUGUAAAGAAUCUGCUUUAAUAGUAAAGCCUAUCAGUGUGAAAUGGACUGAGAUGAAAAUUAUCAAGCAAUAAUUUUUACAAGAGUAAUUUUUUCGCACUGACAUAGUUUACUAUUAAAGCAUGAAUUAAUGUGUGUAUGUCUAUGUCUUGUAGUAAUAAAAUGUAAUAUUGUGAAAAUUGUUUUUAAUUCUCACCUGUUUGUUAUGUCAAAGAAGAUGUAGAAUAGUACACUGUUCAUGCAAGAUAGCAAGAAUAGAUCCUCUUGUAACUGAGCAGUCAAUGAAUGUAGAAG